CUUCCUCAGUCGCCUCAGGCCCCCCAAUCGUCGCACUUUCUCGCCUGAAAACACCCCUCUCCCCCCUCCUCCCCUUUCCCCUCUCUACAGCAGCCAACAGGCGAGAGGGUAUCGCCCCAAAAAAAAAUGAGCGUAAUCUGAAUUUCGUGUGUAAAUGAAGUGUAAGAAACAUCUUACGGACCUGAGUAGCAGCGUGGGCGUCUGCGCUUCUUGUCUCAGGGAACGCCUCCUCGCCCUCAUCGCCGCCCAGACUCAGGCCUUAGCCCAAGCCCAUCAGGCCCACCUUGCACAGGCCGCCCUUGACGAUCGCCGCAACUUUGACCCACCGCCCCUGCUUUUUCCCCGUUCUGUUUCGCCCUAUGUUACUCGACGGAAAUCUGAUGGCAGCUCCGUCUCCUGCUCCCACCACCAACGCUUCUACAGUACACCUCAGGUUGGUCCUGGUUUCAGCAGCGCCGCCACCACCACGGAUUGCGCCGCCUCUGGAGUAUUCAACAAGAAGAAAGGCAGGUUAUCGUUAAUUUCCAACCUGUUUAGGUCCAGAUCCGAGAAAUUGAAUUUGGAUCCUAGGGCUGCUCCCUCGGAUUCUUACGAGGACCCGUCAUCAUCUCCAUCCUCCUCCUGGUUCUCUACGAUUUUCUCCGUACGGCGUAAAAAACAACAAUCGAAUAUGUUCUACAUGGAGGAAUCGAGUGCCGGCGAUCGAAUAUCUCGCAGGGUGAUAGAUCGGGGAAUGUCGCCAGUUGGGAGAGAGGAUAACGAGGACGAAGGCGGCGAUCGGUCGCCGUAUGGGAGCUCGUCGGAGGCAUCGCCUGGGUGGCGGAGGACACCAGUGGCGACUCGGCGAAGUAAGGGCAGAAGCGUGUCCGGAUUGACGUUUUGCUUGAGUCCUCUGGUGAGGGCGAGCCCGAAUCGACACUGGAACCAGAAGGGGGGAUUGCCGCCAGAGAUAGGGCUUCCGGGCGAGAUUCGAGCUCCGGUGAAGCCAUGCCUGGCUACAGCGGCUCCGUUUUGCAAGAGUAGGUCGAGAAAACUCGCCGAUUUUGGCCGAGUAAAUCCCAACCGUUGAGAAUCAGUGAUCAUUGUGAUCGUGGCGAUGGUAUUUUUCCUCUUUUUCUUCUUCACUUUCAGUUUUUACUGUUUUGUUGGAUUUAGUAAAUUAUCUCAUUAUACAAAAUGGGAAGAGAAAAAUAAAAACAGAAAAAAAAAAGAAAAAAAGAAAGUUCUCUUUCUGUA